UUGGUCGAAAGGACGACAAACGUGCGACAAACACUCGACAUGUCCGACAUCGUUUUUUCCAUCGAUUUUUUGAGCGAUCGACAUUUUUAGUCGAUGCUCCUUUGACAGUUGUAACCAGAGUGUCGAUCUUGUUCUGACGUGAUAGAGAAAAUUUUCUAAAUUGUGGUGCAGCUGGAAUAAAAUGUUUUCUCCGUUUUUUUUAAUGUUUUUCUGGUUUAUUUUCGCGCUCGCGUGUCGUAUCGUUUAUCUUUUGCUUUCGGAAAGUGUUUUGUUGUGCGAUUGGUGUUGGAAAAGUGGCUUGAUAUCGAAUAAUUUCAUUGUAAACAGAUGAAACUACAUCGGGAAAUCAACAGCUUACAAGUAUAGAUUAUAAUCCGGCACUUAUACUCCUACAGCAAAUCUUUUGUGUUGUUUAUAUAACAAAUUGCUGGUUGCUACGUACAUGAAUAAUGUGUGGCUGGUGCUCAAAAGAAGACCUGUUUUUGGAAAUCCCAGGAACGUCAAGUUUAUAAGCUCGACCUCGCUUUCAGAACCUGCAAAGGGCGGCGUUUCAAUUCCGCCUCCAAACGAGCGUUCAGCAAACAGGCAGGCCUGGCUAGCGCUCAACUCCACCAUCGAAUGCACGAGGUGCUGUUCCUCGGAGGUCAUGGCUUUCAAAUACGCCGGUGCAGAACCUGCUGGAAUGACCACCGUAGACUCGGCAAGCCUGGCGCUCAUUUCCGCCAUCGAACACAAGUGGUGCUGUUCCUCGGAGGUCAUGGCUUUCAAAUACGCCGGUGCAGAACCUGCUGGAAUGACCACCGUAGACUCGGCAAGCCUGGCCCUUAAACCCCGCCAUCGAACGCAAGUGGUGCAGCUCCCCAGAGGUCAGGAGACAAACCUGGCGUUCACGCCGGUGCAGAACCUGCUGGACCAAUCAGCGUACAUGAUUAUUCGGUGUUAAAUUACGCCAAACUGACGCGCGCUGAAGGUCGGAACGACCACCGUAGAACCGGCAGGCC